AUGGAGGACAAAGGGACGAGUUCUAAUGGGCCUUAUCGUAAUUACGGUUUUGAUCCGACCGUUUGCCGGGAGCAAAUCAUCCCUCUUACGCGGCUAGAGCGGGAGAACCAACUCGAGCGCGAUGACCUGGGAUUGCUCGCAGAUACAAUUGAGCGGCUCGAUGCCGAAAUAGAAACCGAUUUGAAGGAGUUUCCUCAUUUGUCGAAAGAAAAACGAGCUCCAGACAAUUUGGAGCUACUGGCAGGGGCGAUGAAGCGCGUGGCUGAGCUAGAAAAAGAACUGAAAACAGCUCAACGACGAGCUCAGCGAGCAGAGCUAGAGCUACAGUAUGUUUCGAGAAACGCGCAUGCUACAUUCAACGAGCCUCUGUACAUGGUAGAGAACAAACGUCUGCGCUCACAGAUAAUGGAAAUGGAACAGUUUUUGGCUGACUAUGGCUACAUCUGGGUGGGAAACGAUGAGCUCUCCUCGAGCAAUGACUCUUCAGACGACGAAGAAGAAGUAAAUUGGCCGAAGAUCGUUAGCAACAUCGAGGAGUUGAACGAACUUUGCGGAAAAGACACGUCUCGCAUCGUGCAAGAUGGCGCUGGCGGAACCUCAAGGCUCCAGAAAAAGGAGAAGAUCUUGAUCUUGCUUUAUACUCGAAUGGAAUUCUGCUUGGUGAAGGUCCUUUCCGAUCACGGGUUCUUUCCAACUGAGUUGCAAACUCGAUUCCCUGAUGGACUGAUUUUCAACGUUAAAGAUUUUCAUUCUAUUUCAUACUCGAAGAAGUUCCCUGGUCUUGGCAAAAGUCUGCAGGAGCCGGUGAUCAGAACGAACGAUCCUCGACUUAUCGAAACAGAUAUUUCAAACGAGAUGAGCGACAAGUUAGACUUGGCUCGUUCGGGCACGCGUAUUUCUACGAGUAAGGGCAUAACGAUUCGCGUCCGCACUCUCGACGACAAGUUCCUAAUGAUUCGGAUGCGCCCUUCGGAAACUGUCCGCGCUCUUCGUGAAUACAUUGCCGACAAAAUAGAAACGAACGAGUUUCGAAUUCUCACCCUUAGCGAUGGCACUGGAUGGACUGAAAUCAAAGAUGAGAUUGUCUCGCUGGAGGAACUUAAACUUGGUCCUCGCGCGGCGAUUCAACUUGCCAAACCGCAAAGCACCCCGACGGUUUACGAAGACUUACAAAGACACAUUUCCAACCUUCGUACACCACGCGUAUAA